AUGGCAGAAUAUAAAGGUGCUUCAUCAGAAGGUCAACGACAGGCCAUGCUGGAGAAGAAAAGGGCGAAAAUGUUAAGCGAUUUCGAAAAGCAACGUGAAAAAAUCGCUAAAGUGACAAUUAAAGCUCAUCGAUCAUUUAUUUUAUCAUUUAAGGACAAUCAAGUCAACAUAACUACUAGUAAAUUUGUCACGCAAUACGACGAUGUAGAGGAUUCGUUAAAAAAAGAGACGAUUGGUUUGGUCAAGCUUGAAGAUUUUCAGAAAAUUCGAAAGGAAUUGCAAGUUCAGAAAGAGAGAGAGGCUGCUAGAACUGCAGAACUAAAAGACGACAAGAUUAAAAAGAAACGAAAGAAAAAGGAAAAGGUUAAAUUAUCAUUUUAUCUGGAUGAUGCAGAAGAUGAUCAAAUAGAUGAUGACAGCGCUAUUAAAAAUGGAAGCACCAUUAAUACUAUAGAUUCCGAGAACAAAAAUGAUAAUGUCGAAGAAAAAACAGAAUCCCUAUCUCCACCGAAGAAGAGACCCAAAUUAGGUAAAAAUCCCAAUGUUGAUACUUCGUUUUUGCCUGAUAGAGAUAGAGAGGAGGAGGAGCGUAAAGAAAGAGAAAAGUUGCGACUAGAAUGGUUGCGAAAACAGGAAGAAAUAAAAGAGGAAAAAAUAAGUGUUACAUAUUCAUAUUGGGAUGGUACUGGUCAUCGUAAAACUGUUGCGUGCAAGAAAGGCGAUUCAAUCGCCGACUUUCUAGAAAAAUGUCGACUACAGUUUCAUGAAUUGCGCGGAGUAAGCGUAGAUAAUCUUAUUUAUGUAAAAGAGGACCUGAUCAUUCCCCAUCAUUACACGUUUUAUGAUUUUAUUAUCAACAAAGCAAGAGGAAAAUCGGGACCAUUGUUUAACUUUGAUGUUCACGAUGAUAUUCGCUUGACACAUGACGCUACAGUUGAAAAGGAUGAGUCACAUGCAGGUAAGGUUGUUGAAAGGAAUUGGUAUGAAAAAAAUAAACACAUUUUCCCUGCGAGUCGAUGGGAAGUUUACGAUCCGGAGAAAAAUUAUGGAAAAUAUACAAUCAAAUAA